CUUGUGUUAUUAAACAUGCUGUGGAAAACUGGACCACUUAAAGGAGAAGGAGCAGAUGACUUGAAGAGUCACCUGCAACAAAAUCAAGAUGAACUAUAUCAAGCUGUGAAAACGAGAAGCAAGUUGUGUGUGGGAAGAAUCAUAUGGGGAAGAAAUAAAACACUAAAUGGAUUAGGUGUUGAAAACGGUGUGCAAAAUGGUACAAAAGCAAUAGCAAAAACACGGGUAACAGUUUUAUCGCUUAAUGAUUCAAAGGAAACAUUCCUCAAAGUGACAAGAUCUCUCUGCUAUUCAGCUAAAAACAGAGAAGUGAAAUCUUGUCACAUCAGUCAAGAUGUCAUAAAUGAAAUGUUAAUUGAAGAGACCGGUUUACCAGAACCCGAGCUUGCAUUGUAUUGUGGAGAAGUAUGUUGCACAUACGGGUUCUUACCAUGGCAUAUACGAAUCACAGAGUUUCUGAGGUUACGAAGCCAUCACAACAUCACAGUAAGAGAAUUUGUGAGAUUGUUACAAACCUAUGGUAAAUGUGAACAGAGAUUUGGAAAGUGAUUAAUAAAGACAGUGCAUCAAGUGAAGAUUGGGGAAAUCCAUUCCAUUUCUGUGUUCUUUAUCAUUAUUAUUAUAAUUAUUACGAAAAUGAACCUGUUUUUUUUUUUUUUUUUUUUUUUUUUUUGUUCAUGUGAUGUAAUCUGACAAGUCAUAUUUAUUGUUAAAUCACAGAUGAUUUUAAUGCCAGUAUGUAAUUAUACAUAUAUGAUCACUGAGAAAAAUAUUACUAGCCAAAUGUAUGCCAGUGGCUUAUAAGUAAUCGUGAGAUGUAUGUACUUUCUAGUAGUUGUAUAUGUUUUAUAGAGUGCCUUAGUAGCUGCAUACUUCACGAAGUGUCCUGGGCUGAUACGACAGUUUUUUUAAAAAAAUAUUUAUUUAUAGUGAUCUUAUUCCUCAUGUAAUUCUUUUACUGAAGUGAAGGGAGUGUUGGUUGAUAUUUAUAUACUAGUAUAAGGAGGGUUCAGGGAAGACAGAAAGGCUGUAUUAGUCACUGAACAGCUAAAAAUUAAAAAUAUUCCAGGAUUUUUGUGGUGCUUAUCAACUAAUCUUCCAGUAUUUAAGUACAUAUCGGAUGUAAAAUGGAUUUAUGAUGAUGAUGACAAUGAUGUGUUGUUUUGUAUUUUCAUUCCCUUUUACAUUGUUUUUAUUUGUUUUUUAAAAUAUGCAAUAUACUUAUUUUGAGCAGGA